AUGUCGUCGACAUCGGCUGCUGCAGCUUCUUCUUCAUCCUCAACGGCGUCGUCUCAAUUCACCUACACUACCGGCACGUACUUUCCGACUCCGUUUCACCUACAACAGCCGCAAACCUAUGUGGCUGCUGCCGCUGCCGCUUCAAUUCUGCAAUUUCCUGCUCCUCCUCCUGCGGUUCCCCACGUUUAUCCUGCUCCCGCUACAAUCCCUACCGUGUACUCCCUCCCUCAGUAUCAACAGGCCCAGCAAUUAUUUCAGAGGGAUGCACAAACAAUAACACUUGAAGCGCUAGAGAGUGUGAAAGCUGCGCUUGCAAGUAGUGAGAUUGAGCACAAGGCCGAGACUAAGAAGAAAGCAGUACCUCGUAAGGCAGCAGGGCAGGCAUGGGAGGAUCCUACACUUGCAGAUUGGCCAGAGAAUGAUUCUCGUUUGUUCUGUGGUGAUCUUGGUAAUGAGGUGAAUGAUGAUGUUCUAUCCAAAGCAUUUUCAAGAUUUCCAUCUUUUAACAUGGCCAGGAUCACUGUAUACACUUUUCUUCAUCCCUUCAAUUUCUCGGCUGUUUUCUCUUCUUCUGAAGGAUUGGCACUAACCUCUACUAAAGCAUAGCCGGACUGCUCCACC